AUGAAGUCACUCAUAGGAGAGGUCUUGACCAUCAGAAUCUUCAAGAUGGUGUUAAUGUUUAACACCUUGGUGCCGAUGUUCUUUGAGAAACUCGACGACGAGGUGAUCUUGAUUGGUUCUGGCGACAAUGUGGGCAGGUCUAGUAGAAACGUUUUCAGCGACUGCAGAUCAAACACAAGCUGUUCCGCCAUGAUUUCUGUGAUUGGUCUCAGUUUCACAGUGUUGAGCCAGAAUUCGCUUAAAACAAGCUCAACCAGCUUAUCCAGAUAG